AUGGCUACUCAAACUCCCGAUAUCGAGCGUGAGCUUUCUCGCGACGAGAAGUCUGGCACAAUGCACGCCGAACAUAUGGGCGGUCUGUCGGAGAAUGAUGCAGACUUCGUCAACAACUUCCCUGAAGAGCGCAAGAAGGCAGUUGUGCGAAAGGUUGAUAUGCGACUCAUCCCUAUGCUUGUACUUCUAUAUCUUAUCGCGUACUUGGACAAGACAAACAUUGGAAAUGCCAAGAUCGAAGGUAUGACCGUUGACUUGAACCUCAAGGGUAUCGAGUACAACAUCGUCACCGCCAUUUUCUUCAUCCCUUUCGUCCUUUGCGAAGUCCCCUCCAACAUGAUCCUUCACAGGUUCAAGAGACCAUCAGUAUACAUGGGAGGCAUUGUCUUUUGCUGGGGUGUUAUCAUGACUUUGACUGCCCUCGUUCAAAACUACGCUGGUCUAUUGGCCAUUCGCUUCCUCCUCGGUAUCUUUGAAGCUGGUUUCCUACCCGGCGCGAUCCUUAUCAUUUCCAACUGGUACCUUCCCAACGAGACCCAGACCCGAAUCGCGAUUCUAUAUACCUCUGCUGCUACAGGUGGAGCCUUCUCUGGUCUUCUUGCUUUUGCCAUUGCCAAGAUGGACGGCAUGGCAGGUCUUGAAGGCUGGCGCUGGAUCUUCCUCAUCGAAGGUCUCUUCACCGUUGUAGUCGCUAUCAUGUGCUUUUUCCUCCUCUGUGAUUCUCCAGCUCUAUCUACACGCUGGCUCGAAGCCGACGAGAUCCGAUAUCUCGAACUUCGUCAACUUGCGCGCCGCUCCUCCGUACCUUCUGACUACAAGGAGAACGAUCAUUUCAACCUUCGCCUUUUCAAGGAUAUCCUUCUCGACUACAAGAUCUGGCUUCUAUUCUUUGCCAACUGGUCCAACGCUGUUCCCAACUAUGCUAUGAAGUUCACUAUGCCUACUAUUCUUCGUGGAAUGGGCUAUACUUCUAGUGAUGCUCAGCUUAUGACUAUUCCUCCAUAUGCUAUUGGAGCUAUCUCAGCUUAUGCAUUUGCGAUAUUUGCUGAUAAGUACUCUUGGCGAGCGCCUUUCAUCUUGGGACCCCAGUGCUGUCUUGUUACUGCCUUCAUCAUCCUGUUUGUCAAGUCUGGUGACAUCGACAACAACAUCGCCGUUUGCUACUUUGCUGUCUGCCUGGCAUGUUUUGGCAUGUAUCCUAUCCUUCCAGGAGUCAACGCAUGGAACGUUGCCAACACCCCAGACCCAGCCAAGCGAUCCGUCAACAUCGGACUUCUUGUCUGUGUCGGUAACAUCGGUGGUCUCAUCGGCUCCUACAUUUACCUCGAACGUGAGGCACCUAGAUAUCCUGUUGGAUACGGUACUUCACUUGCCUUUGGCUUAGCUGGUAUCGUUGCGGUUGUCUUACUCGAGACUCUGCUCAAGAGAGGCAACGCAAAGAAAGCCAAGAUGACCGAAGAGGAGAUUCGACAGCGUUAUAGUGAGGAGGAUCUUGUUCGUAUGGGCGAAAAGAGCCCACUGUUUAAAUAUGCUCUGUAG